AUGUCGAGCGAGGAUUACGAGGUCGAGAUUCCGGAAUUGGCAGCGGAUGAUCCUAUGCGAGCAUUCCUGCCAGCGGCUUUUGGAAAAAAGGAUAAAGCGAUAAAUAUCGCGGCGCAAAUCGACAAGAGCCGCAGGGUGGUUACAAAUCCUACAGCCUCGCAUCAGCAGACAAAAAAGGGGGGCAAUUCUAGUUCAGACGACAGCGACAGCGACAGCGACAGCGAUUCUGAUGAUGGCGACGAAUAUCCAGUCACUCAUGAGAUGGUGAUUGCAACGGCUAGCCGUGCUGUAACCACCGUAUCUCUCGAUCCCUCUGGCGGCCGACUGGCGACGGGCUCGACCGAUUGUACCGUGAAACUCCACGAUUUCUCGUCCAUGACACCCACAACAAUUCGUGCCUUUCGAACAACAGAUCCAUUCGAAGCCAAGGUUACAGACAACGCAGAGUCGCACCCCAUUCACCACAUCGAGUUCAAUCCACAAGCUGGCAGCGCUCUUCUUUGCAUCUCGGCACAUCCGCAAGCCAAAAUUUUGUCUCGCGACGGUGAAGUGCUGACCACAUUUGUCAAGGGCGACAUGUACCUGCGAGAUAUGCACAUUACAAAAGGCCAUAUUUCGGAAAUCACUAGCGGCACAUGGCAUCCCACGGAUAGAAAUCAGCUUGUCACAGCGGGUACGGACAGUACUUUACGAAUUUGGGACAUCAAUUAUAAGCGAUCGCAGAAGCAAGUCGUCGUAUUCAAAUCAAAAGCAGCAGGCUCAGCUGGACGGUCGAAACUGACGGCCGUUGCGUGGGGAACAUCGGCACAGGGUGGCAGCAAUGUUCUGAUCGGAGCUGCAUUGGACGGGACGCUGGUCAUGUACGGUGGCGAUGGGCCAUUCUCAAGACCGGCUGGAGAAAUUUCCGAAGCGCACAAGCCGCAGACUUGGACCGGAGGCAUCGAUAUCUCUGGCGACGGACGUAUGGUGGUUACACGAGGAGGGGACGAUCUGAUCAAACUGUGGGAUACGAGAAAAUUUACGAAGCCAUUGGUAACGGUGUCACAUCCGUCUACCUCGAAUGCUCAUCCGACAAGCAAUAUUCGUUAUGCGCCCAACUCGACGAGCAUCAUUACAGGCUCCGCCACGGGACAUUUGCACAUUCUAAAUCCUGGGAAUUUACAGCCCGAACACGUCACGCCUAUUACGCCCGGAUCACCUCUUAUUACUGUGGAUUGGCAUCCCAAGAUUAACCAGAUUAUUACCGGGUCCGCAAACGCGGAGACGCAUGUUCUUUAUAAUCCAGACAAGUCGAUAAGAGGAGCGGUGGAAGUCAUGUCACGCGUCCCGAAGAAGCGACAUAUCGAUGACAACUCUGCAUUGACUACAGACCAGUCGAUGGGUAUGUCGGGCGAUGCCAUUAUCACACCAGGCGCGGUGCCGAAGAAGAGCGGCACGGUCGGGGGCAGCUCAAAGGACCCACGCCGUCCACACGUACCGCAGCAGACACCUUUCCAGCGCAGCCAACCGGACGAGAAACACGUUGCGGAGAGCAUACCGCUCGCGCAAAUGCUUCACGAAGACCCUCGCGAAGCUUUGUUGAAGUAUGCUGACAAGGCCAAGAAUGAUCCCAUGUUUACCAAGGCCUGGAGUAAGACGCAACCAGAGACGCAGUAUGCGAACAUUAGUGAUGAGGAAGAGGAUGGCCACGAUAAGAAGAGGGCCAAAAGGUGA